AUGAAUCCGGAAAGAAGAAGCACAUUUCAACUCAAGUACAAGAAAGUGGACCUUAACAAUUUGAAGAAGUUGAGUGCCAAAGUGAUCAAGCUCACUAAAUUCAUGGACGAUUAUGGGAGGAUCCUGAGUAUUUUGAAUGAAAAGAUGGAAUCAAUGACAAUUGUGACUAUAGCUCAAUUCUACGACCCACCUCUGCAUUAUUUCACCCUUUCUGACUUCCAACUAGCUCCUACUUUGGAAGAGUUGGAGAGAAUUGUGGGCCGGAAUUUGAGGGACCAUGAUCCAUUUCCCAAGUUUGAUGAAGGUAUCACUUCCAAGAGAAUAACUUCAGUUUUGGGUCUGGAGGUCCAAUUGGUUAUAAGUAAUUGGGAUAAGAAGGGAGUCUUUAGUGGUUUUUCUAGAUGUUUUGUGGAUCAUAUGGCCGUAAGAAUCCUCCUCUCUGGUAACCCAGUACUUUUUCUCCUAGAUGAUAUCUACUACGCCCUCCAUGAGCGUCAUGAGAAGAAAUGGGGAACCCUUUUGUGUUGCGAACAUUUGUUGCAUGCUUGGUUCAGAUCUCACAUGCCCGAAAAAGGACCAUACACCUCCAAAACACUUAAACCCUCUCAGAAGUUAGCUUCUGUUACUUCCAACCAUGUCAAAUGGUAUAUCAGAGAUUGGGAGACCCCGAAUAUUAUUGUUAGCGUUGGAGACUUUUCUAAUGUACUUUUGAUAGAGACUAGGGGUUGCAUCAACUACAACCUUAUGUUAUCCUCGAUUCAACUCGGUUACUCCAUGAACGGUCCUCCAAAUGUUGAAGCUUUAGAGCCUUUCAUUUUGCAUGACAUUGAUACAAACAACCCAAUUGUGAAGAAGAUUAAGGAAUCCUGGAAAACAAUUGUUAGAAGGGGUAAGGAGUUUGGAAAGAGGAAUGUCCUUGUGAAAGAGCCUUACACUUGUUGGGUAAGAGAGAGAGUUCAAGUGGUUAAGCUCCUAUUUCCAUUUGAUCCCUCUAUUUUUCCUCCAGUUCUCGAGCCAGAAUCUAUACUACCUGAAGAUGUUGAGAAGCUCAAUGCCAAAAUUAAGGAGCUUGAAUUAGAAACAUCUGAGUUAUGA